AUGUGGAAGCCUGGCUUUUACACAGACCGGUGGAUAUCGCAGGAACUCGGGGCGAACAUGGUGGGGAAUAUGCCCUCGACUGCCACAGGCACGACAACGUCACACCACCAUGAUCUGGCUCAUCAAACCAUCGACAGCCACAUGGCAAAGUCUCUCAAUUCCUACGAAGCGGACCUUGCCAAGAUACUCACUGGAUUUGAGGCACCUGCGGCUCUCAACCCUUUCCAGGAGACGGCACAGCAAUCGAGAAGCAGCACAGCGUACGUGCAGAGAAUCCGAGACGCUGCGCCAGUUGGAAACACUGCCCCUCUAAUGCAUGAAUUAAGCCAUCCCAUCGGAAGCGAUCUUUGA